AUGAACAGAACUGGUCCAUGGAUGAUGUGUGGGGAUUUUAACGAGAUUUUACGACCAGAUGAGAAAAAGGGUGGUAGACAGAGAAGUACUGCAAGCUGCAGAAACUUCAAUGAUAUGAUUAGUUGUUGCAACAUGAAGGAUCUACGUUUCAAAGGAAACCAGUUCAGUUGGGUUGGUAGACGACAACAAGAAACGAUUGAGUCUUGCUUGGAUAGAGUGUUUAUAAAUUCAGAUUGGCAAGCAAUGUACCCGGCCUCUGAAACAGAAUUUCUCCCUCUCGCUGGUUCAGAUCAUACACCAGUUAUCAUUGGCAUUGCGGAGGUUUAUUGCCCAAAGAGAGGUCAGUUUCAUUAUGACAAAAGAUUCUCCACAAGUGAUGAGUUUAUUGCUUCUGUGAAAAAAGGGUGGAGUCUUGGAAACAGAGAUAAUCAAGGAGGUAUACAAAACAAAAUCCACCACUGUAGGCGGGAGAUAGCUGCUUGGAAACGAAGAACAAAAACAAACUCUGCUGAGCGAAUUAACUCACUCAAAUACCGUCUUGAUGCAGCAGAGAGAUGCCCUCACACGCCUCUCUCUACAAUCCACCGACUACGAAAUGAUCUGAAUCAAGCUUAUCGUUUGGAAGAACAGUAUUGGAAACUGAAAAGCAGAAACACAUGGCUUCAACUCGGAGACCGCAACACAAAAUACUUUCACGCCUCUACAAAGACAAGAAAAGCUCGAAACAGAAUAAAAUCUAUUAUUGAUGACCAAGGUAUGGAACACUUUCGAGAUGAUGCUAUUGGGAAAGUAGCUGAAGACUAUUAUGGCCGACUAUACACAACAUCACAACAUACCGAUCUUGGAGAUAUUAUUGCUGGAAUUGACUGCAAAGGGAACUUGAUGAAAGAAUCAAUAAGACUCAGCUUUGUCUGA